CCUGGGUUAUAGAGAGGAAGAGGAGCGAGGGUGAGGGUGAGGGUGGAUGUAUUCCAGCUGUUACCCAACGUUUCCUUCACUCGUCUAACAGCAGCUUCUUCAGGAGAACAGAUGAUGGGAGUGUUAUCCCGGCUGCGCACCCCCCAGCUCUCCUUCCUGCAGACCCUGCUGGCUCUGGCCCUCUCGACCGUGGCCCUGCUCUCCUCUCAUUGGUGUCACGGCAGACAGAAGGUUCCGAAGCCGCUCUGCUCCGUCAACAGGCUGCACCGCUGCACCCCCGUCCCCGGAGUAAACAGCAACUCCUCUUCCUUCUCCUGGGAGACCGGCGACGACAGCUUCAUCUUCCCCACCUUCCACGCCGGGAUCUGGAAGAGCUGUGAGGAGAACAUCCACACAGACGCCUGGGAGGAAAAAUGUCGCAGUUUCAUGGCUCUCACUCCUGGAUCAGAGAAAGGCAUCUUCUGGCUUUGUGUGGGGAUGGAGCUGAUGUAUGUCAGUCUUUUGUGUAUAAGUUGUCUGUUGCUGUCGAUGCAGUUGUGUUUAUCUGCCUGGUGGCCUCUGGCAAACCGCUGGGGACAGCUGCUGAACGCCUACGCUGCGGUCUUCACUGUACUAGGAGGUCUGGUAGGGAUGGUUGCCCAUAUAAUGUUCAUGCAGGUCUUCCAGGUGACUGCCUCCAGUGGACCGGAGGAUUUUAAACCUCAUAGCUAUGGAUACUCCUGGGCCUUUUACAUGGCAUGGGUGGCCUUCACCUGCUGUAUGUCCUCUGGGAUCUCCACGCUGAAUAACUACACUAAGAAGGAGCUGAUGGCUGGGCUGAAGCAGAGGGCGGUCUUCUACCCCUGCAAGAACUUCACGUUCCCUCCCCAACCAUCACAAACACCCUAUUACUGCCCACCACCCCCACCCCCACCAUCAUUACCACCACCAUCCCCACCACCACCACCUCCCCUGUCACCCUUAUCUCCACUCUCACCAUACUACUGCUCCCCGUCCCCACCUUCUCCCCCCGACGACUCCUCGCCCCCAGCCCCUCUGUCCCCAUACUACACUCAUCCUCCUCCAUCUCCAUCCCGCUCUCGCCUACAUCUUUCUCCAUCUCCAUCACUGUCUCGUCUCCAACCUCCUCACUCUCCAUCUCUCUCUCAUCUCCACUCUCCUGCAUCUCCAUCCCUCUCUCGCCACCACUCUCCUGCGUCUCCAUCCCUCUCUCGUCUCCACUCUCCUGCUUCUCCAUCCCUCUCUCGUCUCCACUCUCCUGCGUCUCCAUCCCUCUCUCGCCUCCACUCUCCUGCAUCUCCCUCUUUUUCUCUCCUCCGCUCUCCUCCAUCUCCAUGUGCUUCUCACUCUCUCCUCCAUUCCCCUCUUUCUCCUUCUCGCUCACUCAUCCUCCCGUCUCCUUCUCGCAUGCUUAUCCGCCCUCCUCUCUCUCCCUCCAUCUCUCUGAUUCUCUCCACCCCCUGUGGGUCUCCACAUCCGUCAGACCAUGAGGAGGAAUACAGCCCCCUCUGACUCCACCCACUUCCACUUUAUAAGUGCUGUGAUGAUAUCUAUGUUACACCUACUGUGUGUUAUUUAUCGUUAAUGGUAUUAUAACCUGCUAGAAGGGGUCAUUUAAGACUGUCAUCAAUCUUAUCUCUGUAGACACGCCCCAGAACCGCUCAUCUCUCAGCCGGGACUCAACUCAAAACUCCUCCAGAUCUUAAUUAGUGUGGUUUAGUUUGGUAGGUGGAUGUGGUUUGGAACAGUGUGGGAUUUACCUUACACUACUUCACAGAGCUGAAUGCUGCAGUAACCGGAACUACAUUAACCUCAGCACAGUGCCAGAUAUCACUUCUCUCGCUAUGUUCCAGUCUGAGGGUGGAAAAGUCCUACAUCGCAUGAUAUUAUGAGGAUGUAGUGUAGUUCAGAUUCUAGAUUGAACGUGUAAAACCUUUUUUUAAUGAUAGGACACUUGUUUAACACUUUGUCAGUGUUUGUUAGCAGUAUUAGCCUAGCGUUUCCCAAAAAAAUUGAGUUUGUUAAGUUGUUUGUUUAGCUUUGCUCUUGAGUAGUAUAUGUUUUUUCAGCUGGUCUACAAUCAUAACCAGUAUAGGUUAUGCUUUCUUCUAAAGGACUAGCAUUUUAACCACAGAGACAAUCAAAGACCAGCUUACACCAUUUAUUUAGACGUUAGGCUUUUUAUGAACUCUUAAGGGAGCAGAUAACCAUUGAACCUAUUGGCACCAUAUUUAAUGGCAGGCAUGGACUAGCACUGAGUGUUAGAGCCGUGUAUAUGUGUUCUCUGGAAUGUUGAAGCUCCAUCCAGUACUUCUGGAUUGGGGAGGUUGGUGGAGUCAUGAUCAUCAAAUGACCUUCACUUAUUAAGAUGCUUUUGUGGCUGAAUUCUGUUAAAUCCUUACAACAGUGUUCCAAAAUCUAGUAGAAAUUAUUCCCUGGACAGUAGAGACAGGUAUUCCAACAAGACUAUUUUUAAUACUCUUGAUGUCACAGCAGUUGGGUUUGACCUUUUCAUUCUACAAUAAUUAUUACUGACCUGUCCACUGUUUAAUUAUUUGCUUAUUUACUGACCUUUCCACUGCUUAUUUAUCGAACGGUCCACAGUUUUUUACUUUCCUGUCCGCUGUGUACAUACUGACCUAUCUACUGUUUGUUAACUGACCUAUCUACUGUUUAUUUACUGACCAAUUCACUGUUUAUUUACUGACUAAUUCACUGUUUAUUUACUGACCUAUCUACUGUUUGUUAACUGAC